AUGAAUACGACGAAGUAGCUUUCUCUUCCGUUUGUUUUCCGCAAAGCGGCGAACCGCGAGAAAUCAUCGGAGUGCUGACCCCUUUUUCCAAGGAUUCAGCACCUGUAAAAGUCUUCAUUUGUAACGCGAGGGAGGAAAUUAAAUUAAACAAGUUUCUUCUCCCAUGGUUGGAUUGUUGUAGUAGUGUGUUUCAUUCUCGGAGAUCUUCAAUCACGGUGGCUCUUCUUGGAUCCCUGCCUCCCAAUCCCACCUUCCAAAUCCAUCACCGCCGUAGACCCUUUUCUCGCAAUCUCGUUCUGGUGGGCGACAAGCGCCAGAUCCCUUCCCCUCACGGCGGCAGGGGCGCCUUACCCUCCGAAGGGGGCUCCCCUUCCGACCUCCUCUUCCUCGCCGGCGGAAGUCCCCACUCCCUUCUCUCCAUUUCUUUUCCCCUGGUUUCUGCUGUAACUUGUUAAUUCUCUUCCCUGGAUUUGUUUGUUUGUUUUUCUUUUUUUUAAUCCUCACAGUAGUACAUACAAAGGUUAGAUACAUAUUGAUGUUGACUAUCAAGAGGGUUCCAACCGUCGUCUCCAACUACCAGGACGACGCCCCUGAGGAUUCCAAACCGGAAUCCCUUGGUUGCGGCCGCAAUUGCCUCGGACAAUGCUGCUUGCCUGUUUCCUGCCUUCCAUUAUUUGCAUUCAAGAAUGAUGAGCAUAAGUGUGAUGGUGAUUGGAACUACUUGAGUUAUGGGGAGUGUCCGAUUUCCUUUCUAAGUGAUUUGUUGCUUGGACAGUGGGAGGAGCGAAUGAGCCGGGGAUUAUUCCGGUAUGAUGUGACUUCGUGUGAGACAAAAAUUAUUCCUGGCACGUUCGGUUUCAUUGCACAGCUCAAUGAGGGGCGUCAUCUGAAGAAAAGGCCUACAGAGUUUCGUGUUGAUCAGGUUCUUCAGCCUUUUGAUGAGAAUAAGUUCAACUUUACGAAAAUAGGCCAGGAAGAAGUGCUUUUCAGAUUUGAACCGAGCAAUGACUGCAAAUCCCAUUACUUGCCUAGUGGACUAGUUGAUGCUCGUUCUGGUUCGCCUACUGUUCUUGCUAUCAAUGUGAGUCCUAUUGAGUACGGACAUGUGCUUUUGAUUCCUCGGGUUCUUGAUUGCUUGCCUCAGAGGAUUGACCAUGAUAGCUUCUUCGUUGCAAUGCACUUGGCUAAGGAAGCAGCCGAUCCCUUCUUCAGGGUUGGUUAUAAUAGUUUGGGCGCCUUUGCCACCAUUAACCACCUCCACUUCCAGGCGUAUUACUUACAAGUUCCUUUUCCUGUCGAGAAAACCCCAACUCGCGAGAUAAUGAGGGGGAGGGAGCAGGGUGAUGGUGGAAUUGUAGUCUCUCAGCUAUUAAAUUACCCUGCCCGUGCUCUUCUCUUCGAGGGCGGGAGUACAGUGCGUGAUUUAUCUGAUGCUGUUGCGAAUUCUUGUAUUUCCCUUCAAAAUAAUAAUAUUCCUUUUAACCUUCUCAUUUCUGAACGUGGGAACAAAGUAUUUCUCUUUCCUCAGUGUUAUGCAGAGAAACAAGCAUGUGGGAAAAUCGAUCAAGAAAUCUUGGAUACUUGGGUGAACCCCGCUGUUUGGGAAAUUAGUGGGCAUAUGGUGUUGAAGAGGAGAGAGGAUUACGAUGAUGCGUCGGAGGACUAUGCAUGGAGGCUGCUUUCUGAGGUUUCUUUGUCGGAGGAAAGGUUUGAAGAAGUGAAGGCUUAUGUUUCUCGAGCUGCUGAUUUGCUGUUGGACUCCGAGUGUAGCAAUGGCGGCUCCCAACCGUGGGAAACGUACCCUGAAGCCUCGUGGACCGCCACAAAUGAGCUGUCGUUUACCUCGAGACUGUCGGGUGCUACGCUGAAAUUCUGUUAGAUUCUAAAGGCGAAGGCGGCAGUGGCACCAACCAAGGGGUAGGUAGGUGUCCCGAACUCUCGGUUUACAUCGAGCCUGUCUGGUGCUACACUGAAGGGCAAUGGGAAUGGUUCAUUUUCAGAAAUUUGUUUGGAUACGUUAGGUCUAUUACAGAUUUGGUCAAAUGGAUUGUGUUUGUGGUUGGGUGGAACCCUGAAAUUCUGAAAAUGACCUUCUGUUGUAUGUUAUGUUAACCCUGAUUGAUUUUUUA